GUGGCCAUAAAAGAGCCGCAAACAAUAUUUGCGCACAAACCUGACAUUUCUCCAGUCUGGUAAUCACGAUUAUAACACUAUUCCGUAAGGGAUUGUUUGGAUGCGAAAAAUAAAUGGCUACUCAAAGCAUAACUACUACUUUGACAUCACUCCCGUCUAGAAUUUGCUCAAAACCCCGAAUUGUUUCAACUUCCCAACCAUUGUUUUGCAAGUUUGCUUCUGUUUUUGUUAGUGGGUCAUCUAAAUUGCAGAGCAAAGGUUGUGUAGCAACUCGUGCAAUGGGCUCUUCUGCAUCUUCUUCUUCAAAACCAGAAAGCAGCAGCAGUCAAGAUGCGGGCAAGAUGGAUUAUAGUUCUACAAGCGAGGAGGAAUGGAAAAAGAAGCUUACAGGGGAACAAUAUUAUGUAACUCGACAAAAGGGGACUGAGAGAGCUUUCACUGGGGAAUACUGGAAUACCAAGACUCCUGGAACCUACCACUGCAUUUGCUGUGACACUCCUCUUUAUGAAUCAUCUACGAAAUUUGACAGUGGAACUGGUUGGCCAUCAUACUACGAGCCAAUAGGUAAUAAUGUGAAAUCAAAGUUGGAUUUGUCUAUAAUAUUCAUGCCUCGCCAAGAAGUUCUUUGUGCAACAUGUGGUGCACAUCUUGGCCAUGUAUUUGAUGACGGGCCACCACCCACCGGGAAGCGUCAUUGUAUAAAUAGUGCUUCCUUGAAGUUGAAACCAAAGUAAUCUGCUAUGCCUAUGGUUAGCUAAGUUGAAACCAAAGCAGCAAGGCUUGCAACGACGGCACAAUAGAAUAUAGUAUGUUGUGUUGAUGUAUGAUACAAUUAACUGAACCCACUGUUUUCCCCUUUACAAAAUCCUUGUAAAGAAUAUCGCAAGUUUGUGCACUUGUCAUAUAUGCUAAGCUAGUAAGCUUUUCUUCA